GUGGGGCUUGUGCACUGCACCAAUCAGGCUCACAAAACCCCACGCCCAAAUCUCCCUCCCUUUCUCUCUCUCCUCUCUCUCUCCCCCUCUCUCUCUCCUCUCCCUCUCUCUUCCUCCCUCUCCCUCUCCUGCUCCUUCCUCUGCCUCUCACAUCCUCUCCUCUCCUCCAUCCAGCGACAUCUCUGUGGAUCUCCUCCACCAGCCGCUCUGCAGCCAUGACGAGCACCGUAUCAGCCUACAUGGACAAGAUCAAGGAGAUGUCCAUGCUGUCUCUUAUCUGCUCAUGUUUCAACACACAGCCCCGUCCCACCAGCCUGGUCCAGUAUGAAGGUGUCCAGGCCCAGACCCAGAGCGUGAACAAGCGGGCAUCAGGCCAGGCCUUUGAGGUCUACCUGGAGGCCCCGAUGGACCCCUCUCCAGACAAACCCAAGUCCAAGGCCCCCCUCAGGAAGGAGCUGUCCCUGGAGCAGCUCCAGCAGAGGCUGGGGGCUGCUGACCAGAGGAGGAAGUCCCAGGAGGCGGCGGUGCUGCAGCAGCUGGCGGAGAAGCGGGAGCACGAGCGGGCGGUGCUGCGGAAGGCCCUGGAGGAGAGCCGCAGCUUCAGCAGGAGGGCGGAGGAGAAGCUCAGCCACAAGCUGGAGGUCAUCAAGGAGAACCGCGAGGCCCACCUCAAUGCCCUGAAGCAGAGGCUGCAGCAGAAGGAAGCUCAUGCAGCCCAGGUCCGCAGGAAUAAGGAAGUCCAGAGCGAUUACUCUGGCUAAGGCCUUCCCCUCACCAGGCCACUGGCUGUCUGAACACAAAGCUCUCCACCAACCACCAACAAACAAACAUCACAAAAUGAUUAUUUAUCACUGGUUUAUUUUUGGUAAUCAAAUGACACCAACAUGUUCUAAUAUCGGAGACAGAAGUAUAGUUGAAAUAAAGUCACAUUUUCAGCCAUA